CUAUUUUGAAGAGUCGAGUCCCACAGCUGUUCUGUUGACAGCGGCGUGUGGAUACAGCACUGAAUGUUGCAAAUCCCAGGAUGGACUCCAGUGGGAAACCCUCAACUGUGCAGAUCGUGGUUCUAGCCACCAGCUCAGCGCUGACUGGACUCUUCUAUUCUAUUUACAAGAACCGAGCGACAACAGUUGCCAGAUUAAAGGAAGCCAAGAAGAUCUCCAUUGAUCAGGAUUUGAAAAGCAUCCUGUCUGAAAAUCCUGGAAGAUGUGUCCCAUAUGCUGUCAUAGAAGGUGUAGUGAGGUCUGUGAAGGAAACUAUAAACAGCCAGUUUGUUGAUAACUGCAAAGGUGUGAUUGAAAGACUGACCUUGAAGGAGGAAAAGAUGGUGUGGAAUCGCACCACUCAUCUCUGGAACAACACAGAAAAAAUCAUCCACCAGCGCACCAACACCGUUCCAUUUUCUCUCGGGUCUCAUGAUGACGGUAUCGCUGCCGCGGUUCGGGUUAUACGUCCACUAGACGCUGCAGAGUUGGACCUGGAGACCACGUACGAGAACUUUCACCCCACCGUCCAGUCCUUUUCCAACGUGAUCGGCCACUUCAUCAGUGGGGAGCGACCCAAGGGCAUCCAUGAAACGGAGGAGAUGCUGCGGCUGGGAGACAGCGUCACAGGUGUUGGCGAGCUCGUCCUGGACAACAACCUGAUCAAGCUCCAACCUCCCAAACAGGGCUUUCGCUAUUUCCUCACACGACUGGAUUACGAGUCUCUUCUCAAGAAGCAGGGCAACAGCGUCCGACUGUGGAGGAUUCUGACUGUUGUCUUUGGCGUCGCGGCGUGCUCCACGCUCCUCUUGAUCCUGUGGAAGCGAUACUUCCACCACAGAGAGAGCAAGAAGGAGAGGAGCAUGCUCGAGGAGUUCAAGGAGAAGCAGAAGAAGCGUAUGCGUGAACUCAACAUCGAGGAGAGCAGCCUGUCGCCCACCAGCUGCACCGUCUGCCUGAGCCGGGAGCGGUCCUGUGUGUUCCUCGAGUGUGGCCAUGUGUGUGCCUGUACCCAAUGCUUCAACGCCCUGCCGGCGCCCAAGCAAUGCCCCAUCUGCAGGGCGACGAUAGACAGGGUGGUGCCUCUUUACAACAGCUGACGUGGUCGUUCAUUUUACAGUCGUAACACUGGAAAUAUGUCAUUCAAAAGCUAAACAAAUGUCUAAAUGGUACAUUUUUAUUCUUUCUUUCUUCCCUCAAGAGAAAAUGAGUAUUCUUCAUACUCUUGGCAAAUAUUGUUCCUUCUUAGAAGUGAAGAACAUUUACUUGCAUGUGUGCACAUGUCCAAAGCAGCUCUUAAGAGCGAGUGCACAGUUCAGCUCUUCAGUUUAAAGGCAUAUGAUGUAACUGUUAGUAAGCAGUGGUAUUUAUUCAAUAUUUUGUACACUUUUCAUUUUGGGAUUUUGCUUUGGUAAGUCAUUAGCAUAAUGAAGGUUGUGUUUAGUGUAGCUCGGAUGAAAAGAUUGUGGUUCACACAAUCAAAUUCUCUGCGAGACUCGAGCUUCUCUCUGGUUGAUUUGAUAUUUUGGAGAAAGGGGAAAAGGGCCUAAGGGCCUGUCUUUCUUAUUUAAUUGUACUCCUAGAAAGACACACGCUGCAUGUGCUCAGGUUCUACACACGUUCAGCUCGGUUACAGAGGAACUGACAGCACAUGUUGCUGCUGUGCAGGAGCCACCUCGGUACCAUCACAGCUGCUGAUUGCUGGACUUUUCUUGGGCUAAAAACUGUCUGUUUGCAACGGAAAAUGUAUUCAAGAAAAAUGCAAUGGAGACCAAAUACUCAUUGUUCCUCAAUCAUUGUACGAGGAGAAGCAGUUUAAAGAAAAUGUCGACGUCUGCCAGUAGAGGGGGGUGUCUGCCUGCGAGGAAAAUCAGAGAUUCAGGAUUCAGAAUCCCGAAUAAACAUAAGUGUGACGUCACAUACGCUGUUUUCACCUCCUGCUGUUUUUUGAUUUAGCUAUUUUUAUGAUUAUUUUUGCUUCAUUUAAAAGUGGCUGUACAUUGAAAUAUGAGGAACAACACAUUGUUGGUCUCUGAGGGAACAUGAGCUAAAUGUCAGAUAGACAGUGUUAUCAAGUAGGGAAAUCAUUCUGCACUCCCUCUUGUCAUGGCACAAAGAGCCUCAUCAUGGCCACUUAACUAUCAGGUCCAUAGCUGACCCUGAACUAUACUUAUAAAUAUUAAUGUCAUUCCAAUUCUUGAUUUCCGUUCCAUUAUUUCUUGGAUUUACUGUGUUUAUUGUAUAAUGUUUGCUCUGCUAGCAGUCUGCCUCGGCAGGGUGGGUAAUGAGUACAUCUCCAUCGACCUAUUUUAUGCACAUUUUCAAUAUGCUUAUUAAAAACCUGAGUGGAAUAAUAA